AUGCCCAACGUCGGUCGACCAAGUCGUGACUGUCAUACAUGUCGGAAACGCCGACUGAAGUGUGAUCUAAUACGCCCCGAAUGUACCCAAUGCCUGCGCAAAGGACUGUCAUGUCCUGGCUAUCGCGAUGAAAUGGAAAUGCGAAUUCGCAUGAGUAGCGCUUCAUCAUUUCAAGUCACAGAUAGGGUACGACGGAAGACCAAGUCUCGAGAACAAAAGACAGACUCAAAAGCUUUGUUGGAAAUUGAUGUGACACAGACCGCUCUCGAGCAUCGGAUAUCAAUACCAUCAAACCAAGUAUUUCCCUUGACGGUUCCCAUGACUGAGUCCUGGGAUGUCCAUUGUCUUCCGUUUGCCAUCUCUAAGCUGGAGCUUAUUUAUGUGAUGGGUCCUUCGGUCUUCGACACCGCUUUAAGUCUUUUUAGAAAGAUGGAAGAGACAUCACACCUUCACAUGGCCUGCAAAGCUAUUGGGAGUGCCUUUCUAGCCAAUAUGACAAAGAGCCCCAAAGCAAUCAUUGACCAAGCAAAGGCAUAUUCGAGUUCUCUUGUUGCUGUGAAGCAAGCUAUUCGAGACUCUAGAAAGAUUACGUCAGACGACCUUUUCUUGAGUAUCUGUUUACUUGCUUUUUACGAGGUCGUCUCUGGUGCACAUUCCGGAAAUAGCUCAUUUCUUGUGGAUUCUGCUGGGUACAAGGCCCACACAAAAGCAUUGAGUGAUCUGAUGUGUCUCCGUGGCUCGGACAUGUGUGCUACUCGAGAUGCUCGAAAUCUCAUCGGCAUGACGCACUGUCAUCUGAAAAUUUUCCCAUACAAGGGCCUCCCCCUUUCUUGCACGAAUUCUUUCGUUUAUGUGACCCCUCAGAAUGGCCUCUUGAUCGAAGCGGAUAAUCCUGCUCAGUUGCUUGCCAACUCGUCAGAUAUCAUCCAGGCGAUCGACAAUGUCGAGAAGCAAGUUGAACCCUUUCCUGAAAAGGGGCCCAUAGCGAGCUUGAGAAUCGACCCUCCGUCUCAACUCCUGCAAAAUGAUGCAGGUCUCAACUCAGAAGAGUCGAAGCUUCGCACACAUCAAUACAUUACAAGAAUACUCCUCUCGUCCUAUGCCGUCGAUUUCGUUUCAUAUGCUUCGAAGAUUCCUGCUUGCACCCCGUAUCAACGAAGAGAUUUUCAGCUCUUGAAACAACGGUACAUAUGGGAGAUGGACGUCUUGUCGAAGCAAUUGCCCACUUUUACUCAGAUGCCUCUGGACAUGAGMUCUCUCUUCACCGAGUCUGUUCCGAGAGAGCGCAAUGGCGAGACAGAGCAGCUUGUAAUUAUCGAAUCAAAUAAUGGCGUGCACUCUUCUGGUUCUGGACAUGGGCUCAGCAGCCAAUCGUUCUGCAAAAGUCCAGAUAUGAUCUGGAAAGGUCUGUUGAUCUUAGCGGGAUGUGAUACCAGUGCCUUCGGAUAA